ACCACCACCAGGCUUCCACCCGCGACGACCGCCACCAGGCCGCGACCCUCGUAAAGAAUUUGGGUUGUCCUCUUCGGCCGAAACAAGUGCAUUUGCUGAAGACAUCUUCGCAAGAGUGCCUCGUAAAGAAUCUGGUUUGAAUGUGAGUUCUUAUUCCAAAUUAAAUGAAUGUGUAGACAGGAUUUUAGCCUCCAGUUUUAUCUGUCUAUAGCAUCGUGGCUUUCCUGCUUGUUACUCGCGUAUAUCAGCUAUAUCAGAAACUAGAGAGGGAAGCUGCGAUGUUGGUGAAGAAGCAGAAGACAUUUUCUCUCUUGGAUACAGAUGACGAAGAUGACUAUGAUGGCGAUAGAUCUUCUGCCCAGGUUGUUUAUGAGUCCAGGAAAGAUGAUUCCCAUAAGAAACGAUUCAGGAAGAAGGUCUUGAGUCAAGAAGAUGAAGAUGAUGAGAUCCAGAGUUUAUCGAAACAGCAAGUGGAAAUCCACUGCAUUUUUGUGGUGGUUGAAGAAACAUAGCCCAUUUCAAGGACUACGUUAGAUGCAUUCGCUGCGUAAAUAUUUGGUUGCAGUCUUGGUGGUUGGGUUAAAGGAUUGGAUGCAUUCUGUAAAAAUCUACUAACAUGGCCCAUAAAGAGUGGCAGUAUUCCCCUUCUGAUAAAUAUUUGUGGCAUAUAUAUAUUUUUAUCAGAGGAUCGAUGAUUCGGGUCUAAGGGUAUUCUAAUAAUUUGUUUUCCUCUGUGUGCAGUCUUGCAAACGAUGAUCCUAUUGAUGUUGCCAGAAUUAUUUCAUGCAUUUUGGAGUUACGUGCCUAGCUGCAUACAAAUUUUAUUCUACUGCAUGUAUCUGUGAGUCUUGUUAGAAAUUAAUCCAAGUAGCAAGCAAGCAAGCAACCAAAUCCCAGAUUUUUGAUGGGAAGUGUACAA